AUGGCAAGCCGUCUAAGCCGAAUCUACGGAACUGAAGAAGAUAAAGUCAACUGUCCUUUCUAUUUCAAAAUUGGCGCGUGCAGGCAUGGCGACCGCUGCACCCGUCUUCAUAACAAGCCUCUUUGCUCCCAAACUAUCCUUAUGCCUCACAUGUAUGAGAAUCCAGCAGUCGCUUUGGCUAUGUUUGAAGGCACAAAAGUGCCAGAAAAAGCUAUUCGAGAGUCUAUAAGGCAUUUCGAAGAUUUUUACGAAGAAGUUUGAUUUGAGCUGUCAAAUUAUGGAGAAUUAUUAGAACUCAGCGUAUGUGACAACAUGGGAGAUCAUCUUAUCGGCAAUGUCUAUGCGAAAUUUGCCUCAGAAGAAGAAGCAGAAAUUGCUGCGAGAAAUCUGAAUGGUAGAUAUUACGCUGGCAGGGUGAUUUCAACAGAAUUUUCGCCUGUGACUGAUUUUAAAGAAUCCAGAUGUCGCCAAUAUGAUGAAGGAAACUGUGAUAGAGGCGGGUACUGCAAUUUUAUGCAUUUAAAACAUAUAUCAAGGUCCUUUAAAAAAAGCCUCCAACAUCAGAUGUAUUACGAGCACCCAGAGUAUAAAGAAAGAAGAAUACAAAGGCUUAAAGAAGAAAAAAAGAGAAAGCAUGACAAAGAAAGCCCUGAUGGCAGACGACAUAGAAGCAGGACACCUGAAAAGUUGCCUCCAGUUAGGACAAGUGAAGAGCGUAGAGCCAUGAUUGAAGCGUGGAACAGAGAAGCUAAUAGAUAA